AUGUCGCCGCUUAUAGCUUUGGCGAUCCUGGGGCUGAGCCCCUUAGUUCUCGGUGCUCCGGAAGUAUUUAUAUCUCAGGGAAAGGCUGUAGGGCAGAUCUUACGAUCCAGGAAUGGAAGGGAGUACGCUGCCUUCACUGGCAUACCUUAUGCCAAACCCCCUGUCGCUGAGCUUAGGCUUAUGCCACCUCAACCAGCCUCAGGAUGGACUGGUGUGUUCAAUGCUACAAAGAUUAGCCCAAUGUGCUUCCAGAAAGCUUUCUUACGCUAUCAGCAUGGAUUACAAGGACAAGAAGAUUGCUUGUACAUCAACGUAUACACUCCAAAGUUGGAUGCAUCCUAUCCAGUGAUGGUUUAUGUGCAUGGUGGAGGAUUUAAUUUUGGAUGGACAGGAACAGCAAUGAAGUCUAGAUAUUUCAUGGAUGAAGAUGUAGUGGUUGUCACAUUCAGCUACCGAAUUGGAUAUCUGGGUUUUUUAAGCUUGGAGGAUGACGUGUUACCAGGAAAUUAUGGCUUGAAGGAUCAAAUAUUAGCUUUGGAAUGGGUAAAAAAAGAAAUAAAAAACUUUGGUGGCAAUCCAGACUUGAUCACAGCAUUUGGUAUCAGCGCUGGUGGAGCAUCCACUCAUUACCUUUGUUCAUCACCCAAAGCGAAAGCUUUACUCAAAGGAUGUAUCUCACAAAGUGGUAUUGCUGGAAGUAUUUGGUCACUGCACGUACCAGGAGAUGCCAAACAAACAGCUACUGAUUUUGCAAAGCAACAUGGAUGUGACACGCGCAAUAGUUCAAAGCUUUUGUCUUGUUUACAAUCUCUGCCUAUUGAUGUUUUUAUUCGACGCUUAGAUGUCUUGCAUUUGACCAAUUUCCCAGCCCCUGUUAUAGAGAAGAAUUCUGAAACCGCUGUAAUUACACAGUGGCCACCAAGUCAUUCUGAUUUUCCUUGGAUUGCAGGUGUCAUGGCAAAUGAAGGACAACUCUUUACUGAGUUUAUAAAAGAUUUUGCAACAAUACCACAAAAAAUGGCUUUUUACUUAGGAGGAAAUAUUGUGCUAGCCAGGGCUUUACGCACACCUACCCCUUUAAUAUCUAGUUAUCAAAUUAUAAGAAGGUUUUUUCACUUGAAAAACUUUUUCCGUCCUCUUGCUAGUUAUGAGAAGUUCUUCACUGAAUUAUUUUGGCUUUAUCCAGCUUUACUGGCAAUAGAUAGACAUACUGGACCGAAAUAUUUUUAUAAAUUUGGUUAUACUGGAGGACCAACCUUGUGGGAACAAGCCUCAAAUAAAUCACUAAAUAUGGAAGGUGCAUGCCAUGGUAAUGACGCUCCUUACUUUUUUGACCUCAGCAAUUAUUUUGAACCAGAAGGCUGGCCAGGUCCAAAGGAUAUUGAACUUUCACAAAACUUAAUAAAGAUGUGGGUCAACUUUGCCAAGUAUCAAGUUCCAAGUAUUGAUAUUGUUCAAUGGGAUCAGUUUGGCAAGGAUGGAAACUAUUUAGAUAUAACAAAUGAAGGGAUAAGCAUGAAAAAAUAUUCAGAUUAUAGGGAAAUAAUAGAUUUUUGGAAUAACAUACAUUUACCAAUCCAUUAA